CCACGGUCCCGUUCUCCGCCGCAGCCGCAGAGCCCCUCCGGAACACCGGAAGCCCACGGUCCAGUACUUCCGGGAGGCGAUGGCUCCCCCGACGCUGAUUGGUUAUUGCUUUGAGACGUCAUCACGCUCUUCCUUCCUUUCGUGCGCGGUGUCACUACAGCGCUCCAGCAUGGCUGACCCAGAGGCGUUGGGGUUCGAACACAUGGGUCUCGACCCUCGGCUCCUGCAGGCCGUCACCGACCUGGGCUGGUCGCGGCCGACGCUGAUCCAGGAGAAGGCCAUCCCGCUGGCCCUGGAGGGGAAGGACCUCCUGGCGCGGGCCCGCACUGGCUCCGGGAAGACGGCCGCUUAUGCCAUUCCGAUGCUGCAGCUGCUGCUCCACAGGAAGGCGACAGGCCCCGUGGUAGAGCAGGCGGUGAGAGGCCUCGUCCUUGUGCCCACCAAGGAACUGGCACGGCAGGCCCAGUCCAUGAUUCAGCAGCUGGCAGCCUACUGUGCCCGAGACAUCCGGGUGGCCAAUGUGUCAGCCGCGGAUGACUCGGCCUCUCAGAGAGCUCUGCUGAUGGAGAAGCCCGAUGUAGUGGUGGGGACCCCCUCUCGCAUAUUAAGCCACUUGCAGCAAGACAGCUUGAAACUGCGAGACUCGCUGGAGCUGCUGGUGAUGGAUGAGGCUGAUCUUCUCUUUUCCUUUGGCUUCGAGGAAGAGCUCAAGAGUCUUCUCUGUCACUUGCCCCGGAUUUAUCAAGCUUUUCUGAUGUCGGCUACUUUUAAUGAGGAUGUACAAACACUCAAGGAGCUUGUGCUGCAUAACCCGGUUACUCUCAAGUUGCAGGAGUCCCAGCUGCCAGGGUCGGAGCAGCUGCAGCAGUUUCAGGUGGUGUGCGCCACCGAAGAAGACAAGUUUCUGUUGCUGUGCGCCCUGUUCAAGCUGUCGCUGAUCCGGGGCAAGUCCCUGAUCUUCGUCAACACACUGGAGCGGAGUUACCGGCUGCGCCUUUUCCUGGAGCAGCUCCAUGUCCCCACCUGCGUGCUCAACGGAGAACUCCCCGUGCGCUCCAGGUGCCACAUCAUUUCACAGUUCAACCAGGGCUUCUAUGACUGUGUCAUAGCAACUGAUGCCGAAGUCCUGGGGGCCCCGGUCAAAGGCAAGCGUCGGGGCAAAGGGCCCAAGGGGAACAGGGCCUCCGAUCCUGAGGCAGGUGUAGCCCGGGGCAUAGACUUCCACCACGUGUGCGCCGUGCUCAACUUUGACCUGCCCCCCACCCCUGAGGCCUACAUCCAUCGAGCUGGCAGGACGGCGCGUGCCAACAACCCAGGCACAGUCCUGACCUUCGUACUGCCCACAGAGCAGUCCCACCUGGGCAGGAUCGAGGCGCUUCUUGGUGGAGAGACCGGGGCCCCCGCCCUGCUUCCCUACCAGUUCCACAUGGAGGAGAUUGAAGGCUUCCGCUACCGCUGCAGGGACGCCAUGCGCUCGGUGACUAAACAAGCCAUUCGAGAGGCGAGGCUGAAGGAGAUCAAGGAGGAACUCCUGCGCUCGGAGAGGCUCAAGACGUACUUUGAAGACAACCCCAGGGACCUGCAGCUGCUGCGGCACGACCUGCCCUUGCAUCCCGCUGUGGUGAAGCCGCACCUAGGCCACGUGCCCGACUACCUGGUUCCUCCUGCUCUUCGAGGCGUCGUCCAUCCUCACAGGAAGCGGAAGAAGCCGUCCUCUAAGAAGGUCAAGAAGGUGAAGGCCCACAACCCACUGCGCAGCUUCCGGCACGGCGGAGAGAGGCACAGGCCCGCGGCAGCGCCCUCCUGAGGUUGUCCAGGCAUCCGGGGCUGAGCACAGCAGGGAGCCGUCCGCACCCCCCCCAGACUGAUAGGAUUUGGGGGCCCGGCUGGCGGUUUGUGCCUUAAGGACAAUAAAUAUUCUAGCUGCCC